AUGCUCAAACAACGUCUUGGGCAUCUACACACUGCUUCCCUCGCCCGAAACAGGUCUGCCAUCCACGAUCGCAUGAGACAAAUGGCGGAGGAUGCCAUUUCUGAAAUGCCACCUACCCAUCCCGAGCGCCAGAAAUUGUUACAGAUGCUUACUGACGAGCCUUCUGGCUUGGAAGCGUUGAAAGCCCGCGUGGAGAAGUCGAUCCUCGACGAAACCCGCCUCUCACGGUUGCCCCCCAGUGACUUGGACGCCAAAGCGUACAACCUCCAAUACCAGCGGGAGCUUUCACUUACGAAAUUACCUGCAUCAGCUGAUAAAACUAUCCGGGAGACUGCCAUGGCAACUCCCUGGACGGGCGAAGAACAUCUCCACGACACCGCCCUCCGGAUGUUACAGGAUGCACAUAAGCCGGUCAAGGUCAGAGCAAAUACCAAUCCCCACGCUCCAAACCUCAAUAAAAUCAUUACCCCUCCCGUUCCUUUGAAACAGCGUAUUGCUGAAGCAAGAGACAAGUCUCUCGAUUACCUGUUGAACAAAGGCACCUCCUUCGAGGAAGACCCCAAGUUCCGCGAGAUGUAUCGGGAACGCCUUUUGGGUCCCGAGAUCCUCGGGCCAAUUUCGGCCGGUGCCACCAUCAACGCGAUCCACCGCAUUGCCGAUGCCCGGAUCGAGGAAAGCCAGUCUCGGGGAGAUUUUUCCCACAACUCGCUUCGGGGAAAGCCAAUGCCCAAAACCCACUCCUCGGCCUACAUCAACACUACAGAGUACUACAUGAACAACAUCUUGAAGCUGCAAGAUGUAUCCCCUCCAUGGGUUGAAAAGCAAGGCAGCGUUAAUGAGGAGAUUGCGCGCUUCAGACGCGAGUUGGACGACGGAUGCGCCCGGGCAAUGAUUCAAGAAGUGGAUAGAAGAUAUCCAAAGAUGGACUUACCGGGAAGGUUGAAGCAAAUAGAAGCGCAAACUUUCAGUUAUGGGAACUGGGAAGCAUCGCAGCGGGCAUAUAUUGAAUCUAAGGUCUCCGCCCUUAACAACUCCCUCCGUUCGUACAACUUGCAGGCACCGAUGGCGUUGCAAAAGUUGUACUUGUUGAGGGAUAAAGAGGUGGAGCAGUGCUAUGCAAGGGUGAAGGACAAGUUGGCCGAGUUGUAUCAUAAACACCACGAAAGGAAUGCCGGAGAGUCCAACAUCAAAGUCAAGGGAACAAGUUUUACCUCGCAGCAGUACGAGGUGAGGCAGGUGACGCCUACUCAGCAGGAAGUAGAAGGUUUGGGGAGUAUGCUCCGGGGUUUGUUCAGAAGAAAGUGA